AUGCCGAGAACGCUGAUGAAAGCAGCUGUGGAUGCGGUGGAAGCGAUGGACUGUUCUGGAAUCGCUUUUCGUUUGACUGGAAAAUCAAUUUCUGUAAACAUCUUCAGAAGCUGCCGCAAAGCCGAUCCCACCGAACUUUUUCCCCUUUGCCAAAUAAUUAAGUCUAUGGGUGACAGACAUACACAGAGGAGUGAGAGAGGAUUUGAAAGAUGGCAUUGGGUUUGUGUGCGUAUGCUGCGAGGCGGAGCUGCUACAGAUGAAUCUCGGUGCAGCUUUCUUUGCUGCACUUGGUUGCUUGACGUACUUCCUCAUCUUUGCCACUCUUCUUUCAAUCACGUCCCUUUUUUCAACCGCUAUAAGUAUCGACAGGUAGUGUAUUAUCCACUCCUAAGGCUGGGUGAUUGCCUAAAAGCGCAUUGCUCUUCUCCCACUACCGACAACACGGCAACAGCAGCAACAAACUCAAUCACAAUGUCCUCGUCAAAUAAGCAGACCGUGCGUGUCACUUACAUCUGGCUGUCCGGCAAAGAUUCACACCAUGAUAUUCGCAGCAAGGACCGAACUAUGUACCUGUCUCAGGAGAAUGUCGCAAAGCACCCGAAGGACCUGCUUGCCAAUGGCGUUUUCCCGGUCUGGAAUUUUGACGGCUCUUCCACUGGUCAGGCGAAGGGGGUAGACACUGAAAUUCUGCUGAAGCCUGUUAAUGCGUUUCCGUGCUGCCUCCCAAGGACGUCGUCGAAGAUUCCGUGGAUCUUGGUGCUCGCCGAGUGCUACCUUCCUAGCGGCGAGCCGACAAGAGACAAUUCUCGUGCCACAGCUCGCGAAACAUUCGAGCAGUGCCCCGAGGAGCAUCCGUGGUUUGGCCUGGAGCAAGAGUACUUCAUCAUGGGACGUGAUGGGCGCCCUUAUGGAUGGCCCGCUCACGGAUUUCCCGCGCCGCAAGGGGCGUACUACUGCAGCACCGGCUCGAAGUCAGCGUGGGGUCGAAAGUUCUGCGACCAGCACUACGAGGUGUGCCUCCAGAUGGGGCUGAACAUAUCAGGCACCAACGCGGAGGUGACUCCUGGGCAGUGGGAGUUCCAGAUAGGCCCCUGCGAAGGCCUCGAGAUGGGUGAUCAGCUGACUGUUGCGCGCUGGGUGCUUUUGCGUCUGCUGGAGGAAGAGAGUCUGGAUGCGGACUACCACGCGAAGCCGAUUCAGGGUGACUGGAAUGGAAGCGGUCUGCAUACAAACUUCUCGACUGAAUCGACCCGCGCUGAAAACGGCCUUGAGGUCAUUCAUCAGUAUAUCGACCGCCUCAGCAAGACCGUUAGCAAAGAUAUUGUAUUUUAUGGCUCCGAGAACAACGAGCGGCUUACAGGCAAGCACGAGACGUCGAAGGUAUCAGAGUUCAGCGCUGGCGUGGGUACCCGCUGUACUUCGAUUCGCAUCCCCAACGCGGUCGCCAGUGAGGGGAAGGGGUACAUGGAGGACCGCCGCCCUGCCGGUGAUGCCGACCCGUACUUGGUGACCUCACGUCUUUUUGCCUCGUGCAUCGGCUUGGAGACACCGUCUCUCGAUCUGGCGUCUCCAACACACGAGAAGGACUGGAUGCGUAAUGCUUUCAAGUAA